GAGGAGGUGAUAUAUAGGCAAAGAAAUUCGUGGAAAAAAGUUUUACUUAAUAGGACAAAAAUGGGAAGUCUGGAAUUACUUUUUUAUAAAAUCAAAGGCCCUGGAGGAAGGUUGGGAAACCUCAGAGUAGUAAAGUGGACAAUGACAGUGAUUCGCUUCUUAUUAUUUCUGUCCGCAAUGGCCGUUAUUAAGGUGGCGGUGUUCUUGUUUCCAAGUUUGAAGAAAAAGUUGGCAAAAAAUAUGAAGGUUAUUUAUAAGAAGACUAGUAUUACUCAAGAAGACGUUUUCAAAUUUAGCACUUCAUCGAACAUUGUGAGAAACGUUUUUCAUAAUCUUUUACAGGAUGCAUUCAAAACUGCUUCAUUACAUGAACCCGCACCUAACCCGAAACUCCUGAAUGCACUAGACCAAUCGUCGUGUUCACUGCUUGAUUUUAUGAAAGCAGAUCGCCCUCUAGUGGUAAACUUCGGUAGUUGUACUUGACCCCCGUUUAUGGUUGCCUUGGAAGAGUUCAUCGAGCUAAUUGAUGAAUUCCAAGAGGUGGCCGAUUUCGUUACAGUUUACAUCGAAGAAGCUCACCCAACUGAUAAAGGAGAUUUCGAAGGAAACUUUGACAUAUAUUCUCACAAGUCAAUUGAAGAAAGAAUUAAAGCAGCCCUCUUUCUUUUGGAGAAUGAAGAACUGCCCUGCCCUCUUCUGGUAGAUUUAAUGACUAACGAAGCCAACAAAGGUUACGCAGCUUCUCCUGAACGUCUGUACAUAAUCAAGGAAGGAAGAAUUGUUUACGAAGGAGGACUGGGCCCCAUGGAUUACAAAGUAGAAGAAAUAGAAGAAUGGUUGCAGAAGUACAGGAACGAAAGCAACAAAUAAUAGUUUACACUUA